AUGACAGUACCAACAUCAACAAAUGAUGGAUUAUUAUCCUUUGUUUCAACACGUUCCCUGGAACGUAAACAAGUUUCAUUUGCAGGUUUACCAUUACCAACUUCAAUUACAAAACAUAAAUCACCAAUUUCUUUAGGAGGUGGUAGACCACAUUCAGGAUUUUUCCCAGUUAAUAAAAUUACAUUAGAAGUUUCAUCAUCUCCUUUUAAUGCUGAUACUACUGAAAAAGUUAUUAGUAAGAAAGAUUCAAAGACAUUAGAUAUUACUAAAGGGUUUCAGUAUGGUCCAACUGAAGGUCAUCCUGAAUUGAUUUCAUUUGCUAAAAGUUUGAUUAAUAGAGUUAAUGAACCAGGUUAUGAAGAUUGGGAUUUAACUUUAACUAAUGGUACAGGAGAUUCAUUACACAAGAUUUUCAAUUUAAUUAUUAAUCCAGGGGAUGUUAUCCUAAUUGAAAAUUAUACUUAUGUUCCCGUGAUUUCAAAUAUCAUAAAUUAUGGUGGUAUUGUUGUUCCAGUGGAAUUAAAUUUUGAAAAAGGUGGUAUUGAUGUUGGAAAAUUUGAAAAAUUAUUAGAAAAUUGGGAAUCUGGACCUUAUAAACAUUUUAAAAGACCAAAGGGGUUAUAUACUAUUCCAACUGGACAAAAUCCAUCAGGUUUAACCCAGAGUCAUGAAGAUAGAAAAAAGAUUUAUGAUUUAAGUUCUGAAUAUGAAUUUUUAAUCAUUGAAGAUGAUCCAUAUGGUUAUAUUCAAUUAAGUGAAUAUUUUGAUGGUGAUUUCAAUAAAUUUUCCACAAAUGACUAUUCGGUUGAUAAAUAUAUUGAAGAAGAUUUACCAAAUUCAUAUAUUCAAUAUGAUACAGAAGGUAGAGUCCUUAGAUUAGAAUCAUUUUCCAAGAUUUUUGCACCAGGUUCAAGAUUAGGUUUCAUAGUUGGACAUGCAAAAUUCAUCAAGAGAAUAAUUGAUCAUGCAAAUGUUUCCACAAGGGCUCCAUCAGGUAUUAGUCAAUUGAUUGUGAAUUCUGUUAUUGAACAAUUUGAUGGUGUUGAUGGUUGGUUAAAUUGGAAUAUUCAGAUAUCAGAAGAAUAUACCGCUAGAAAGAAUUUAUUAAUCAAGACAUUGAAAUCUAGUGAAUCAUUUAAGAAAGGUCAAUUUGAUAUAAUUGAACCAAAAUCUGGUAUGUUUCUUUCAAUCAAUAUUAAUUUUCCAAAUGAUGAUGAUGAUGAAGAAGAAGAUUAUAGAGAUCAAGUAGAACAAUUAAGAUAUAAGGCAUUGGAACAAGGUGUUAUUGUUGUCUUGGGUAAAAAUUUUACUACAGAUGAAAGUUUUGCUAAAAAGGCAAGAUUUAUUAGAACUACAAUUGCAACUCAAGAUAGUGAUGAAGAAAUUUUAGAAGCUGGUAGAAGAUUAAGUAGUGCUAUUAAAUUGUAUUUUGAAAGUGUUUAA